AAUCAAAAAGGAGCUGCUCAGUGGAGAAACAUAGUAAAGCGAAGUGAGAAACGAGCUGAGAAAUGGCCAGCCUGACCACCACCGCCGUCGUCGCCGUUCAUCCCGUCUCCGUCAAAGGCCUUGCCGCCGGCAGCUCGGUUUCCGGCACAAAGCUCCCACUCCGGCCAGCUCGUCGGACUCCAGCCCUCAGAUCAAAGGGGAGGGUGGUCGCUAAGUAUGGUGAUAAGAGCGUGUACUUCGAUCUAGAGGAUUUACCUAACACCACUGGUCAGUGGGAUUUGUAUGGCUCUGAUGCUCCUUCUCCUUACAAUCCACUCCAGAGCAAGUUCUUUGAGACAUUUGCAGCUCCAUUCACAAAGAGAGGCCUAUUGCUGAAGUUCUCGGUCAUCGGAGGCGGUUUUCUCCUCGCCUAUCUCAGCGCCACCGCAACCGGUGACAUUCUCCCAAUCAAGCGGGGCCCACAGGAGAAACCAAAACUGGGUCCACGUGGCAAGAUAUGAUUGGUCAUGUACAACUACUUGCUCGCUCUGUCAUCAUUUAUCCUUUUUCUCUCCUUCUAAUUGUGCUCAAACGUUUAUGUGUUUAUUAUCUUACUCUUUAAUUAGUGUUCAUCUAAAUUUUGAUAUGGUCCCUUAAUAAAUUAUAAA